UUUCAUUUUACCAUAACAAUUCGCCAUCAUGUCAAACGACGCCGUUUGGACCCUCGUUCUUCUCGCUGUCUCGCAAUGCCUUCUCCCCGCCGCGGCACACUCGGCGAUUCUUCUCCCGAGUCAACUCAACCGUGACUCGCCGCCCAGUUGCCCUGCGCCAAACCCCGACCUCUACUACCGUCCGGUCAUCGGAAUCGUCAGCCACCCUGGCGAUGGGGCCUCCGGUCGCCUCAGCAAUGCCACCGGCGCUUCCUACAUCGCCGCGUCCUACGUCAAAUUCGUGGAGGCUGCCGGCGCCCGAGUUGUUCCCCUCAUUUAUAACGAGCCACCGGAUAAGCUUCUCAAGAAGCUCGAAUUGGUAAAUGGGGUUCUCUUCACUGGUGGAUGGGCUAAAAGUGGUUUAUAUUUUGAAACUGUUGGGAAAAUAUUCAAGAAAAUAUUAGAGAAAAAUGAUGCUGGAGAUCAUUUCCCAUUAUAUGCCGUCUGCUUAGGUUUUGAACUUAUAACAAUGAUUGUAAGCCAGGACAAUAAUAUUCUCGAAGAGUUUACUGCAUCAAAUCAGGCAAGUACUCUUCAAUUUGUGGAGAAUGCAAGUAUCGAAGGAACUGUUUUUCAAAGAUUUCCUCCAGACUUGUUAAAGAAGUUGGGUACAGAUUGUCUGGUCAUGCAAAAUCAUCGUUAUGGCAUAUCCCCUGGAAAGCUUCUGGAUAAUCAGAAGUUAUCUAGUUUUUUCGAAAUCCUGACAACUUGUGAGGAUGAAGAUGACAAGGUUUAUGUUUCAACUGUACGCUCACGAAACUAUCCUGUGACUGGCUUCCAAUGGCAUCCAGAGAAAAAUGCCUUUGAAUGGGGUUCACCAAGAAUUCCACACACGGAGGAUGCCAUUCAGAUAACUCAGUAUGUUGCAAAUUUUUUGGUCAGUGAAGCUAGGAGAUCCUUAAACAGACCAGCUGCUCAAGAACUGCUAGAAAAUCUCAUUUAUAAUUACAGUCCCACUUAUUGUGGGAAGGCUGGGAAAGGAUUUGAUGAAGUUUAUAUAUUUGCAUAAGUUCAAAUGCUGGAGAAAUCAACCGAUAAUAAUAUUGUGCAUAAAUUGUAUACACGAGUAAAUAAAAUUAUUGUUAUGCACAAUAAUGAGAGUAAGAUGCUUAACGUUGUACCAAAACUUUGCUCCUUUGUGUGUUGUAUCGCGAUAUUUCCCGGUCUCUGGCCUUUGCCUCUGCUAGAAUUCCAAUAUAAUAAGCUGUACAUCUACAGAAUUAUUGCAUGGCUAAAGAUGGCACGUAGAGAAAAUAGGUAAACUGAUUAAUACAAUAAUGUAUUUCUUAGGAGUAUUUUAUUUUUUUGUUGUUGAAGAUGACUAUUUUCUUUAAAUAAAAAUACACCAUUUUCUUUUCUCU